UUAAGACAUCCGGGAUAAAUGACUCAGCUGAGCUCAAUGAAGCCAAAACAUGUGCGUCCAGGCUUAAUUGGUUGCACAAAGACCAAGCCAGGAUGAGCAGACACGGAUUCAUUAAGCCAGGUGAAACCAAUCCUGGAUAGGUGCGCGCUCACGGCUCACUCAAAUAGACCCCGCCACAGAUCACAGAUUAACUGAUUUACCAUGGCAACUAGAGCCGCGUACUUUUCCCCCUCGGAAGCACAAAUCCUCAUGGAGGCAUACGAGGAGGUAAAAGAUAUAAUUAAGAAGAAAGGCAACACCGCCACAGUGAUAAAGCAAAGAGAAAAAGCGUGGCAAAGUAUUGCAGACCGCCUGAAUGCGUAAGUAGUGCACAAUUACACACUCACCGCUCCGCUGAAACAUCACAAUUACAAUUCAAAUAUUUAAUUCACAUCUCCAAAAAUGCAGUUGUACUGUAAUUAUGAAACGGUUAAAUGUUUAAUUGAAAUGCACUGCAGAUAUGAGUGAAAUUGUGUAAAAGUAACUCCAUCACACUGUAUAAAGCUAUGAUACAUUUUUUGAUAUUUUUACUGAAAACAAGACAAAAAUACCAAGUAAUUUUUUGCAGUGUGACUCCAUUAAAUGUGUGUGUGUGUGUGUGUGUGUGUGUAGAUUAAACAUGAACGGGCCAAAACGGACAUGGCAGCAGGUCAAAAUCAAAUACAAGAACAUUCUGCAGAAUGCAGUGAAAAAGAAUACCCACAGACAAGGCACGGGUGGUGGGUCACCAAAGGCUGACCUUACCCCAGCAGGGGAUAUGGCCUUGGAGCUAAAUAAAGGCAGGCCCGUCUUAGAGGGGAUCCCUGGGGGGAAAGAGACGAGCAUAGGUUCCUCCCAAGAUGCCACCCGCUUCAUUCAAGUGCCUGGCAGCACUGUGUUCCUGUUAGAGCCACCAGCACAAGCACCAGACGAUGCUGAUCCAGGUGAAGGCCCCAGUGCAGCAGCAACAGCACAUGAUGGAGACGAUGAUGAGGAGGAGACCAUCUCUGGAUUCCAGAAGGCAUGAGGUAUCAUGUUAAGACUGUGAAAGUACUAUUUACUCUACAAUGGUGAGGAGUCCUCAUCAAAAUCAAAAAAUCUAAUUUCUUUUACAGGACCCAGAUGCUAUACAGUGGGAAAACCAGCCUGGCAACAUAGUGCGUAUUAAUAAAAGGACACCACAUCCUGCCAAAUUCCAGCUGCGCUAAUUGUAUUGUGUUCACAGAGCUCACAAGCUAUCAGAAAGUUGUAUGGCAACCACCUCCGGCGCCAAAUAGAACUGGCAGACAUAGACAUUCAGUACAAGAAGAAAAAGAUGGAAAAUCUUGCACUGGAGUCCGAAAUAAAAAAGAGGACAAUUAGGAAACUGGACCUUGAAAUAAAAAAACUUGAGAGGGAGCUCCAAGAAGAUGACACAGCUCAAAAUAAAAAUUAGGUAUAUUCUCGUAAAGUCAAGUGAGCCAUGACAUAUGAGCUCUUAUUGUGAGCACACAGGACGGUGGCAUCUUUCUAAGGUUUUUUUUAUUUUCCCAGCAAUCAGUACAACCAAGUCAUCGUUAUAAGGCAUCGCCCUCUUUUGCCCACCCCCCCAGCACCAGGUGUGGCCACUAGCCUAUAUGAAGGCCCAAAAUUGUGUGUUCCUUUCUGCUCUGACAAUGGCAUGCCCAUUCGUGCGAGAUGUGGUGGAUGAAGAAGCACUUGUGCUGAGGAGAGCCUUCAGGCGAGAAAGGGUCUUCAGGGACCGGUUGGACCCACUGGCCUUCCCUGAUGACCAUCUAUAUGAAAGAUACAGGUUUUCUGCAGAUGGCAUCAGGUAUCUAUGCAGACUACUGGGUCCCAGGAUUAAGCACCGCACUGCACGGAGCCAUGCACUGAGUGUGGAGCAAAUGGUUUGUGUUGCCUUGCGCUUUUUUGCUAGUGGAGCCUUCCUGUACUCAGUGGGGGAUGCAGAACAGCUGAACAAGGCCACAAUUUGCCGCACAAUAAGGAGUGUGUGUCUGGCUAUCAAAGCAUUAGCAGAUGUCUUCAUCUCCUUCCCUGGCCACAGAAGACUCUGUGACAUCAAAGAGGAGUUCUAUAGGAUUGCAGGUUUCCCCAAUGUCAUUGGUGCAGUGGACUGCACACACAUAAGGAUAAAAGCCCCCUCAGGUGCCCAUGAGGCCGAUUUUGUGAAUAGGAAAUCCUUUCACAGCAUUAAUGUUCAGAUGGUCUGCAAUGCUGACUGUGUGAUCAGCAAUGUUGUGGCAAAAUGGCCUGGCUCAGUCCAUGACUCCAGAAUCUUUCGGGCCUCUGAAAUCUAUCAGUGCCUAUCACAAGGUGAAUUCUCUGGUGUGUUGCUGGGAGACAGGGGUAUGGCUGCCAGCCUUUUCUCCUGACACCUUUCACAGACCCCCAGGAAGCACAGCAGGCCUACAACCAUGCCCAUGCCAGGACCAGGGCCAGAGUUGAAAUGACCUUUGGCCUCCUGAAGGCACGCUUUCACUGCCUUCACAAAUUAAGGGUCAGCCCUGUUAGGGCAUGUGAUAUUACUGUGGCUUGUGCUGUCCUCCACAAUGUGGCCUGCCUGAGGAAGGAGAGGGCCCCCAGAGUGCCACCAGCCAUGGACUGGGACAAUCCGGCAAUCUUCCCUGAUGACGACAGUGGUCGGCUGCUGAGGGACCAAUAUGUGUUGAAUUAUUUUAGUUAGUAUGUGUGCUUUCAAUUUUGGUUAAAUAUGUCCUGCGGUGGCAGAGGAAUUUGGUUUUUUUGGGUUCGUUUUUGACGAAUUUGGCCUCUUAUGAUGUUUGUGCGGUAUACUGUGUGUAAUACAAGGCUGCAGGGAGGCUACUGCAUCCAUUCAUUUGUCUGUUCAGUUGAUGUGUAUGGAUUUGUCCUGCAUUUAUUUUAGUGUGCAGACAUGCAGGGUGUGUUAUAUACAGACCUUUGAAUGUGUAUGUAUCAUUUUGUAUAAUAUGCUUGGAUUCUGUGCUUUCCAUCUUGUAGAGUCACUGUGACUUCAGUUUCGAAAGGAGCUGAUGGUUUACCUGCUUUGUUUUGUCCUUAUUCAAUAAAGGAACAUAAUGUUACACAUUGUGUUUUUAUAUUCAUA